AUGGAGGGAGCUGGGGUGAAAGGAAGAAGGGGGGCGCGAGACGGGGAGGAGGCGCGGUUGUGGAGGGGUGGGAGGAAUCGAGUUGGGGGUGCGGUUGGUGGUGAGGGUGUGAGGGAUGGGAUGCAUGGGGAGGUGCGGGCUGAAUUUUUCAACGCUGAUUCAAUGCAGACGAUCACAAAGUGGCCGUUGGAGUGA